GGCUCUUGUGUUCGGCUUUUACAAAGAAAAAAGAGUCAUCGAUGUGACAAAGGGAUGUGACUCGAACGGGACUGCUGUUUCAGCAGGAAAUACCAGGUACUGUAGUACGGUCCAAGACAGACAACACAGUCGAGUCGAGGGAGAAGCCGGUGACCAUCCCCCGUUGGCACAGGACAAGAGACGAAGCAGCAAAGAUGCCCUCGAGAGCAGACAUCACCUACUUCGGCGCCGGCCCGGCCGCCCUCCCCACCGACGUCCUCGAGCUGGCCGCGGGGGCGCUGCUGGACUACAACGGCACGGGGCUGGGCAUCGCCGAGCACAGCCACCGGUCCGAGCACGCGGCCACCAUCAUCAACGAGGCCAAGGCCGACCUGGCCUCGUUCCUCGACGUGCCGCUGGACGAGUACGACGUGCUCUUCAUGCAGGGCGGCGGCACAGGCGGGUUCGCCGCCGCCGUCUACAACCUCGUCGGCGCCUGGGUCGUCCGCCAGCGCGCCGCCGCCGUGGCCGAGGGCGCCCUGGCCGCCGACGAGGCCGACGAGGCCGCCGUCGCCGACGCCCUGCGCCCGCGCCUGGCCUCCCUAAAGCUCGACUACCUCGUCACGGGCGGCUGGUCGCUCAAGGCAUCGCAGGAGGCCGAGCGCCUGCUAGGGCCCGAGCAUGUCAACGUGGCCGCCGACGCGCGCGCCUGCUCCCCGGACGGCGACCGUGGCAAGCGGUUCGGCGCCAUCCCCGCCGAGUCGACCUGGCGCCUGUCGGACGACGCCGCCUUUGUGUACUACUGCGACAACGAGACGGUCGACGGCGUCGAGUUCCCGGCCUUCCCCGAUUCCCUGCGGCCGCGCGCCGACGGCUCCGGGGGCGGCCCCAUAGUCGUGGCCGACAUGUCGAGCAACAUCCUGUCGCGCCGCGUGCCCGCCCGCAACUUCUCCGUCAUCUUCUUUGGCGCCCAGAAGAACCUGGGCUCCACGGGUGUCACCGUCGCCGUUGUCAAGAAGUCGCUGCUGCCUCAGCCGCCCGCCUCGCUGCUGCGCAGGCUGGGGCUGCCCGUCGGCCCCAUUGUGCUGUCGUACGAGACCAUCGCCAAGAACAACAGCCUGUACAACACGCUGAGCAUAUUUGACGUCUACAUCGCCGGCCAGGUCCUCAAGAAACUCCUGGCCACGUACGCCACCGACAAGGCCGCGGGCCAGGAGGCCGUAUCAGCCUCCAAGGCCGCCCUCAUCUACGGUGCCCUCGACGCCCACCCGGCCGCGUACCGGGUUGUGCCCGACACGGCCGCGCGCUCGCGCAUGAACAUCUGCUUCCGCGUCGUCAGGGGCGGCACCGACGACGACGCGGCCGAGAAGGCCUUCCUGGCCCAGGCCACUGCCAGGGGCCUGACGGGCCUCAAGGGCCACCGCAGCGUCGGCGGCAUACGUGCCAGCAACUACAACUCCAUCCCGCUCGAGGGCGCCCAGAAGCUCGCUGCCUUUAUCGAGGAGUUCGCAAAGGCUUGAGGGGCAUCUGGUUAGGGACAACGGUCUGUGGAAAAAGUAAAAAAACUUGUUCGGAUGUGCUAGAUUCAUCUUCUAGGCAAAAAGAACGAGGGCGGUUCAACAGAGGCCUCGGUCGCGGCGUUACUGAAAUUGUCCUUUUGCGAGUGGACUUGGGUAUUUGACCACUCCACGAUCCUAACCCGCCGUGUAUUAUACUAUUCAUGACUACCUACAUAUCUAGGGGUUGAUGAGAAAUGUUAUUCCCAACCCAAAACACGCAAAACCUAAGCAAAUGCUAACAUCCCCAAAUUUCCAAGCCUCUCAAACACAAGUCUCGGCGAUGGGGUCAGAAACCAAGAUAGAUAAAUACAAUACGAAGAAAGAGAGUAAUUCAAGAGCAACCAAUUACGUCUUCUUUUCAGCCCACCCGUCGCCAUUUUGGGCCACCUCAUUCCUAGGGAGGAUCUUGACCUCCCGGCUCAGCAGUCCCCUCAGCUCAGGGGUGAUGACUUUAACUACCUCCUCUGGCGCCUUCCCGCCUGGCGAUUUUGCAGCCCCGCCCUGAGCAGAUCCCGAUUGCGGCUGCGGCUGAUUCCGUUGGCUGGUAGACGACGAGGGGCCCGAGGGCGAAGCUGAGUCUGUGCCACCGGCAGCUGUGGAGGCGGAGGACGAUGACUGCCCCAGUUGAGGUCUCGAAGUGCGCGGUGCCGGGAAAUUGUCCUUCUUGUCAAUGGCCUCAACCAGCCGCUGGAAUCGCCGGAAGAGAGCCUCCGCCCGGAUAAGGGUGGAUUCGAGGUCCAUUGUGCAGGAGAGCUCGUUUACUGUUUGUUUGAGAGUUGAUCAGCAAUGGCACAUCAGACUACCCAAAACAUACACCCCCUUGAAAGAGUCUCCAAGGGAAACCCCCUGC